GCCAGACGGGCUCACGUGAUUUGCCGGCAACUGGAGCGCCCGCCCCGGCCACCAGCUGUCGGUUCGGUUGUGUUACUGGGGAGGCGCCGGGGCCAAGGCAGGGAGGGAUCAUAGGAGAGAUCGUAGGGUGAGCCACAGCUGAAGAGCUGCCAUGUCUGGGGCAUCUUCCUCAGAACAGAAUAAAAACAGCUAUGAAACCAAACCCCCAAAUCUUCGAAUGUCAGAGAAGAAAUGUUCGUGGGCCUCCUACAUGACCAACUCCCCGACUCUCAUCGUUAUGAUUGGUUUGCCAGCCCGGGGUAAAACCUACGUGUCCAAGAAACUAACACGCUACCUCAACUGGAUUGGAGUGCCCACCAAAGUGUUUAAUCUUGGGGUGUAUCGGCGUGAAGCUGUCAAGUCCUAUAAGUCGUACGACUUCUUUCGGCACGACAAUGAGGAGGCCAUGAAGAUCCGCAAACAGUGUGCUCUGGUGGCGCUGGAAGACGUUAAGGCGUAUCUCACCGAGGAGAAUGGUCAGAUUGCGGUGUUUGAUGCCACCAAUACCACCCGGGAGAGGAGGGAUAUGAUUUUGAAUUUUGCUGAACAGAAUGCCUUCAAGGUAUUCUUUGUGGAAUCUGUCUGUGAUGAUCCUGAUGUCAUUGCUGCCAAUAUCCUGGAGGUUAAGGUGUCCAGCCCUGACUACCCUGAAAGGAACAGGGAGAACGUGAUGGAGGACUUCCUGAAGAGAAUCGAGUGCUACAAAGUUACCUACCGUCCCCUUGACCCAGACAACUAUGACAAGGAUCUUUCUUUCAUCAAGGUGAUAAAUGUGGGCCAACGAUUUUUAGUCAACAGAGUCCAGGACUACAUCCAGAGCAAGAUAGUCUACUACCUCAUGAAUAUCCAUGUCCAGCCUCGUACCAUUUACCUUUGCCGGCACGGAGAGAGCGAGUUCAAUCUCUUGGGGAAGAUUGGGGGCGACUCUGGCCUCUCGGUACGGGGAAAGCAGUUUGCCCAAGCUCUAAGGAAGUUUCUGGAGGAACAGGAGAUAACAGACCUCAAAGUGUGGACAAGCCAGCUGAAGAGGACCAUACAGACUGCUGAAUCUCUUGGGGUGCCCUAUGAGCAGUGGAAGAUUCUGAAUGAGAUUGAUGCUGGCGUGUGUGAAGAGAUGACCUAUGCAGAGAUUCAGAAGCGGUACCCGGAAGAGUUUGCACUUCGAGAUCAAGAGAAGUAUCUGUAUCGAUAUCCUGGUGGGGAGUCAUACCAGGACCUGGUGCAGCGGCUGGAGCCUGUCAUCAUGGAGCUGGAACGUCAGGGCAAUGUCCUCGUCAUCUCCCACCAAGCUGUCAUGCGCUGCCUUCUGGCCUACUUCUUGGAUAAGGGCGCAGAUGAGCUACCAUACUUGAGAUGCCCUCUCCAUACCAUCUUCAAACUUACUCCUGUGGCCUACGGGUGCAAAGUGGAAACAGUUAAGCUUAACGUGGAGGCCGUGAACACACACCGCGACAAGCCAACUAACAACUUCCCCAAGAACCAAACCCCUGUAAGGAUGAGAAGGAACAGCUUUACGCCUCUGUCCAGUUCGAAUACAAUAAGGCGUCCAAGAAAUUACAGUGUUGGGAGCCGGCCCCUCAAGCCCCUCAGCCCUCUCCGUGCCCUGGACAUGCAAGAAGGGGCCGACUAGCCGAAGACCCAAGUCAGCAUUUCGGUGGUGUGACUGUGUGUUUCCCUCCAGCCCUGGCCUCCUGCCCUUGUCACUAAUCAUCAAGGAGUCAUUUAACUUCCUCCCUCUACCCCCACCCCUGACACUUCACCAUUAAUCUUAACAUAGAACGUGAGGUUAUGUGUUUACAGGACAACCUUAGCUGUUCUCCAGUCUGAAACAUCUUUCCACCCAGGGGCAGGUUAGCAAAUUGGGUCUUUCAGGAAAGAUUCUCAGAUGGAAUGGUCUGGAGGAGGAGGAAAAAGAUACAUUCCACUGGGGCUGAACAUGCCCCACGCUCUUGGUUCUUCUCUGUGUUCCCUGGUGUCUUACUUCACUAAUGUCCUCGUGUGGGUAAAGUGUUGGGGCGAUGGAGCGUGGGUGAGUGGUGGGGGGACAAAAUGUCGAUUCUUCCUUCACUUCUGUCUCUUCAAUGUGUGUUUUCCUCACAGUGCUUACUUGACUGCUUUCCUCUCCCACUUUCGUGUCCCCUCGGGAUUGUCCGGUGUAAUGCAUGGCAUUGUGGUGUCUGUCUAGGAAGGAAGGGGUGAUUGGCACGAGACAAUUCUGGCCCAGCUGAUGCUUUCUGCAGCGGGUCCAGAUGGAUCUGGACUGGAGGAGUCUUUCCUUUCCUUUCUCCCUUCCUCUCCAGCCAGGUCCUGCAAGGGCCAGCCCAGGCUACAGAACAUCCACAAAAUACUCUGGAGCUUGCAAGUGUACAUAGGGUGAGAGCUCUUGCCUCCUUUCAUGAGAAACUGUCCUAAGUCUUUGAUGCCCUGGGGGAAUCUGGCUCUGAGGAUGUGGGAAAUAUCUUGGCUUUUAUUUUUAACUUAGGGUCGGGCCUGGGUCUUUUGAGGUCUGCAGGAUGGGGUUUUGGAGAGCAGGGUGGGCGGCAGCUCAUGCGGAGCUUUUGGAGACCAGUCACGUCUUUUCUCCCAUGGUUCGCGGGUUCUUUGCCAAUCACAGCAACUUUUCCUGCCAAAGUCAGUAUCCUCUGGGGCGGUUUAGAAGGGCAGUUAGAUUUAGGAGCCACCACUGAUGUUUAAAUUGCAAAAGGUAAGAGGCAGAGAAGAGUUCACUAAAAUGGCUUAUUUUCACAUAAUUUCACACCCUGUUUAAGAAUAAAGACACGUCAAAACAAAAUAGUUUUUACAUUAGCGUUUAUUUCCCAAAUGUGAAAAAGCUUGGUGAUGAAUUUAAUCUCUCUCAUUGGAGUGUUCUUUUGUUCACAAGGAGAAACUGUCUCAUCUUGAAGUCCAGAGAAGUCCUCGGAACCCUGUGGGAUCUAGCUCUUAACUGUUUAGAUUUAGCUAGUCACUUCUGUCAUUUCAUUUUCUUUGUAGGGUUAAACAGAAAAUGUUUAGAGAAGGAAUUCUUAGCCCCUUGACGACCAUGAUGGCUUGUUCUCUUUUCCAAUUUUGCAUGCAACAUGUACGAAUAUAUGUAUGUUUUUCUGAGAGGCAAGUUUAGAGUUCUCAUGGGAUUUUAAAGAGAUAGCUGACUCCCCACCUCAAAGUUACCGGCUUGUCUGCUUCCAUGGUAAUGGAAGACCUUUUGUUGUGGUUCUCAUCCAGCAGUCCUCCUUAGAAUCCCCUUUAGAAUUGUUGAAUCAUAAACAUGCCUGUGUCCACCUUACGCCUAAUACUGACUCACAAUCUCUGGCAUCUGGGUCUGGACAUGCAUGUAUUUACGUAACUUCCUGGAUACUUCUGACAUAGCCCAGAUUAAGAACUCCACCUUAGGAAGUUAGGUGGAAAAAUACUGGGAUAGUAGUUCCUCAGACAAAAGUGUCAGCCUAGGAAUUCUGAAUUUCUCAGUGCUUAAAGGAUAGUUCUUUGGGUUUGAUGUUUGAGCAGAUCAUAAUAUUAAAUGAUAUAACCCUCUGGAAGGCAGGCUGCUGUGUUUUAGAGGGUUAUUCUAGGUUCUAGUCCCGUCUUUAAUCCUUACCAUUGCUGAGCGAUGUGGAAGAAAUCACUGAAUUAAAUAAUUGUCCCUAGAUAGCAGCUGGGGAUUUUAAGCACCCUGGAGAGAGCUGCAAACUCUGCAGGAUGAUAAAGUUGUCAUCACAGGCAAUAACUCCCUGACCCCGAGUCUUUUACUCCUAUGUCCCAAGUAGGAUACCAGAGCCAGCUUCUAAAGACUGCUUACCUAGAUUCAUCUCAAAAUUAUGUCAAAGAUGUAAAGUAACCUGCUAUUCCUGUUUAGUGGUUAUAUAAUAUGUACUGAGUGUCUUUGUGGAGCUUUGGGCUGGUGGGGGCAGGGACAGGAGAAAGACACACAGAAGUAGAAGAAAAGGUUAUCGCCCAGAGGAAGGUUAUUUUAAGAGACAUGAUGUAAUUUGUAACAAAUGAGCAUUUGCAAUAUAGCAACACUCUGAGUCUAGAAGUGCUCACCAGCACAUCGCUUCUCCUGACUUUUCUGUUGUCCUAUGGCUACGAGACUACAAGGAUUGGGGGAUGGGAUGCCUCUACCACCACUAAUGUGAGAAGGAGAUACGUCGGGGAGGCAUGUUUGGCACUUUUACAAGGUUGCAUUGUCUACAUUUGCUCCCAGUUAUGUAGCCCAAAUGGGCAUUCAGUCUUUUCUUCUGCUGUGAGGUGAGUGUAAUUCAGAACUAAUGAACGAGAAGAGGGAGCACUUUGAUCCACAGAUUGGAUUAACACUGUACCUACUCUUAGCAAGAGGAGACUUGUCUAACAAGCUAGCAUUGUGUUAACCUGUCAGUAGCCCCAGCAUUAGAGACAGGUCACUUGGAUGUUCACUCUGGCUCUCAGCCUGAUGUUAUGUCCCCACUCUCCCCCGUGCCAGUUUGCUUUCCUCAGAAGAGGAGCUGAGGGGUGUCUUAUUAUCCUCAGAUAGAACAUGAGAAAUUAGAAUUUGACAAGCAAGGGCUUCAGCAUCCUUUGGUUUCUAAAGCAAGAUCCCUUCAGAGAAGUCCAGCAGGAAGAAACCAGGAGAAUGUAGAAUGGAAAAGAACUUUUACUUCACAUUUUAAAGAAGUUCCAUCUCUACUUCUCAUCUUUUCUCUCCUGGUCUUCUUACUUGAAUGCAUGUUGUAGUAUAUACACAUUGCUAUGAUUGUGCCUAUCACAAGUCCUACAAUAUAAAAAUGGACUUAAAAGUA